AUGCGGUGGCCCAGUAAUUCUCUGGUUCGCCCGGCGCGCCCGGUAGUUCGCCCCCGCCGCCGCCCCGUCCCCAGGCCGGCGACUGCCUCAGAAUGGUCGCCGAUGCCGUUCUCGAGGGCAGGGCCCCCUUUCGACCCACCGGUGUGGUGCCCAAAAGGAGUCAUUCUCGCGUGCUAUGAUGCGCCGAUAAUUGCUUGACUGUUCCGGCGGGCGGAAGACUGUCGCAUGGAAGGCGGGCCGCGUCAGUCGGGGACGAGGAUGGCGCAGAUGGCGUGCUGCCGGACAUGACUAGGACGAUGGCGCUAUGCUCUGCCUGCGUCGGCGGCGCGAGAUACGGGCGUCGGGGGUCACUAUCUGCCUUUCCGCGUGCAAGCACGAUUAUGCGUUAUCUCUGGCUUGUGCGCGUCGGGGCGGGGCUUUGAUUGUGCGAUUCCGCCUUCGCGGCGGGCAGACAAGGAUAACGUCGGGAGACGCGCGCUCGGAGGGUUUCAGCCGAAAUGCGGGCAAGUGGCGGUCCUCCGACGAGUACUGUAUGGUCCGAAUAUAUUUGAGUGUGCUUGGCUACAGAGUGGCGGCGGCGAGCGCUGUAUACAACUUACCUUACUUGAUUCACUCGAGUGUGGUCCGUUCGGAGUCUGGCUGAACCUGGUAUCAUGCGAAUGACCACCAGGAACAGGAUUCAUAGCCAGAGCUGUUCCAUCAUAACGAGCGGCCCAAUUGCUGCUUACUGCAUGGUGC